AUGGCUGUGCAUAUAUCUCAGACUAACGUCAGCAAUACAGCCAAGCUCCAGCUGUCUCCUGAAAGUGAAAGAGUACUAAUUCUGUUGAGUUUUGGCAAUGUUCAGUUGACAUUGCAAGACAUGAAGACCAUCCCCGAAGCAUUCAAAGGCAAGAAGAAAGGAAAGGUUUUCCUCACACAACAGAGGGUGAUAUUCAUACCAAGCGAUCAGUCCAAAUCAAUGAAGUCUUUCUCAAUGCCUUUCAAUUACAUGGAAAGUUGUACUGUCGAACAGGGCUUCUUGGUAUCCAAUUACAUCAAGGGUAAAAUUCAUGCUCAGCCUGGGGGUGGCUGGGAAGGAACAGCAACUUUCAAACUGUCAUUCAAUUCAGGAGGAGCCAUUGACUUUGGAAAGGCAAUGAUAGAAGUUGCCUCUCAUGGUGGUUACUAUACACCAGUGCCUCCUAUGUAUGCUCCUUAUGGAUCUCCACCUCCAGCGUAUUUUGGAAUGCACCAGCCUCCGAAUUAUGCUCCAGCUGGAACAUCAGGCUACACACAGCCCCCUAUGAUGCCUCCAGUUGGAAUACCAGGGAAAGGGGCAGCCAAACCAUAA